AUGGCACACCAUGAAGCAGUGGUGCCAGCAAAGCUGUUUGUCAGCAUCUUCAUGUUGAUAUGGCUGGGCGAAGGUGCUCGAAUAGUCGCGAAUGCUGCAGAUCAUUCUGCCUGUGUUGCAGCUGAUGCAGCCUUGGCUUUCGUGAAAGCUUCCCCAGUAGUGGUGGGGGCACAGCAGAAAGAAGAAUGGCUGGCGAUGUUCGCAGAAGACGGGCUCAUCCAAGAUCCUUUCGGAGCCAUACACCAGCAAGGCCGUCAACAGCAGUCUGCUUUCUGGGAUACUUUCAUCUCUGGGAUCAACAUCUCCUUUGCUCCGCACUACGACAUCGUGACCUGCAGUGCUGUCGUGCGCAUUGUCAAUAUAUCUGCCAUCACUCCCAACGGCUGCCCCACUAACAUGCGCACGUUCAUUGUGUACGAUUUGAUUUCUCUGGCCAAGGCAGGCGAUUCCUCAGGUGCUAUGCUUCCUUCGGCUUCUUCACUGCAGUUAGCUGGCUUGACGGCACUCUGGUCGCUGCAGGAGCGGUCGGCCCAGCUAUUCAAACACACCUGUGCCGUUAAGGCGACCGCUCAGAUGAGCAUGCGGAUGCUCAAAUUCCUUGGCUUUUCAGGAGCACGGCGGUACGUAAAAGGCUUCUUCGGCAUCGGCAAGGAAGGACAGUCUGCAGCUGUGGCUGCCUUAGCUGAUCUAGCUGGCGCAUCUGGGGCGCAAGUGUUCUCAACGCGCUUCUGUGAAGAAGGGAAGUUGACUUUACACCACCGGGACUCUGACAAGACCUUUGUGGGUCCGGCUGCUAUCACUGCUGGCUUGGAAGCUUGGGGAUGCAAAUUGCUGGCGCAACCCACCCUCACCGUGCCCACAGCUAGACGAGUUAGUGCCGAGGUCAGCUUUUCCUGUAACAGUUCUGUUGAAAAUGUGCCAGGGUUGGCUGUCAUCGAUUUCGCAGCCGACGCGUUGUCACUUGUGGCUGUAGCCUUCUAUGUAGGCAUACCCGCGCCAGUUGGCCCAACAACGGAGCCAGCAAUCAUGUAG